AACUCCUGCAGCAGAUUCUCAUUGCCUUCUUCACCAGCAAAAAUGAAUAACUCGAGUGAACAUCCCCCACAGCAAGCUGAACCCAAUAUGGGGUGGGAUGAUUUCUUCAAUGGUCUUUCAACAUCAGUUUGCUCACCUCUCUCUCCGAACACUUUUAACGCAAUGCUGUCGGAAUUCAACACAGAAUGCCACUCACAACCAGCCGCCCUCUCAGGGCUUGGGAUUGAAUAUCAAUCACAACCAGCAGCGGCGCCUGAGACCCCUCGGAACGAUCCUCCCACACCACCUGUUCUCAGCGAGAACCAAGAGCUUCAGCAACAGAUCCAAAAAUUGAAGACAGAAGUAUUCUUGCUCAAAAGCGAGAACCAAGAGCUUCAGCAACAGAUCCAAAAACUGGAGACAGACACUGGAAAAGAACUUGAAAAGUACGUGGCGGAACUUAUACCUUGGACGAAAGAGGUCAUAGAGGGGUUUCGAAAGCUGGGGGUAGAGCCACAGUCAGCAACCCGAUCUGAGUUUGGAGAGGCUUUGUGA